AUGACUACCAUUGGUAUUGCGUUUGGUAAUUCUACUACUUCUAUUGCCUUUGUUAGAGAGGACGGCAAAGUUGAGGUCAUUGCUGAUCCUGAUGGAGACAGAUUCAUUGCCUCUGCUUUGUCUUAUAUCGGUGAUGAUCAAUACCACGGAUCUCAGGCUAUUGGUCAACUACUCCGUAACUCUGAGGAUACGAUAGUCAAUUUCAGGGACUUCAUUGGUGUUCCUUUUGAUAAAAUUAAUGCUAAAUACUCUCAGCACUCUGCCAAGCCGAUCAAUAUCGAUGGAAAAGUUGGUUAUGAAAUUGGCGGCGAAAAGAUCACUGUCGACGAGAUUGCCAAAAGACAUUUGAUACAAAUUGUGAAGGAUGCCGAAGACUAUCUUGGAGAAAAAGUGGAAGGAGGUGUCAUGACAGUUCCGUUCAACUUUACAUCUGAGCAGAAGACAUUGUUGAUCAAGAUUGCCGGUGACGCCGGUCUACACGUCUUGCAGUUGAUAUAUGAACCCAGCUCUGCCUUGUUGGCCCAUUUGAAUGCCAAGAAGGAGUUGCUAGAAGAUAAAGUUUACGUUGUUGCAGAUUUUGGCGGUAUCCGUUCAGAUGCUGCCGUUAUCGCUGUCAGGGGUGGUAUAUUUACUGUUCUAUCAUCUGCUCAGACCUAUGAGAUUGGUGGUGAGAAGUUGGAUGAGUCGUUAAUGGAAUUUUUCGGUAAGGAUUUCCAAAAGAAGUACAACGCUGAUGCUGUGAAGACCGAGAAGUCUUGGGCCAAGCUAAAUUCUGCUUCCAUCAUCACCAAGAAAACGCUUUCUAACGUAGAGUCUGCUCGUGUGUCCGUGGAUUCAUUGGCUGAGGGUUUUGACUAUAAUGCUUCUAUCAACAGAAUGAGAUUUGAGGUGGUAGCUCGUAAUGUUUUUUCAAAGAUGGCUGCUUUCAUUGAGGAGGUGAUCCAAAAAGCCGAUCUUGAAAGUUUGGAUAUCGACGGUGUUCUUCUUUCUGGUGGAAGUUCUAACAUACCGAAAAUUGCUAGAAACAUGGAGUUCAUCUUUCCAGAAACGACUACCAUCAUUGCACCAUCGCUAGAUUCUAAGCUUCAGAAUCCUAAUGAGUUGAACUGUAGAGGUGCUGCUUUACAGGCGUCGUUGAUUUCUUCUUUCGAUGCUGAGAAUAUUGAGAAGUCACAGGAACCUGAUGUGGUGGGCACCAAGCAAUUGAGUGUGCCAAUCGGUAUCAAAGGUUCCAAAGGUGAGUUCAUCACCAUCUUACCUAAGAACACUGUGUAUCCAAUCAAGAAGACCAUUUCUCUGAUUGCUUCUGCAGAUGAUGUUUUGAUCGAACUAUAUGAAGGUAAGAGAACCAUCAAAGAAACUUUGGAGGAACCUGAAGAAGAAGACGAAGAAGAAGAAGAAGACGAAGAUGAGGAGGACGAACCAGAAGUUAUUAGAUCCGUCGUGUACGAGCCAUCCGAAUUGCUUGCUCAGUUAGCACUCAAGGCUGCUGGAAAGGGUAAGAAGGUGGAAGUGGUAGUUAACAUCAGAAAGGAGGGUAAAGUGCAGAUUAUGGCCAGGUCUGGUAGCACUGCUGCAAAGGGAGUUAUUGCUUAA